AUGUCGAAGCACCAUCCCGAUUUGAUUAUGUGCAGGCGCCAGCCUGGUAUUGCUAUUGGACGUCUAUGCGAGAAGUGCGACGGAAAGUGCCCAGUAUGUGAUUCGUACGUCCGCCCAGAGACGCUCGUGCGCAUUUGCGACGAAUGCAACUUCGGCACGUACGGUGGGAGAUGUAUCAUCUGUGGGUCUCCUGGUAUCUCCGACGCAUACUACUGUGCAGAGUGUACACGGCUUGAGAAAGACAGGGACGGAUGUCCAAAGAUCGUUAACCUUGGCGCUAGUCGGACGGAUUUGUUCUACGAGAGGCGGAGACUUGGGUUUACAAAAGCCUAACACUGGCUUUUCUGUGGCACUGAAAUUUCUUCGGGCCACAGCGUCUUUUUCUGCUUGCUCCUAUGUGACCUCGUUAUCUGAAUUCGCAGUAGGAGGUCGACGAGAGAGUGUUUAAUAGAUAAAACGCAGAAGUGUGGUUGCCAAUUUAGAAAUACUUCCACCUCUUUCUAUAUUUUACUUCUCAUCCCUACUGUUUAACCUUGAUGCAUUGCUAUCAGCAACGAAAUAUGCCACUGCACGUGCACAUACUAACAAUCAUUACAGAACAUCGGUAUGUCAGCAGAUAGCACGCAUAUAC